UUAUUUGUAAGUGAAAGAUUUUGUAGGUUUGGACCAAAUAAGGUCGCAUGGAAACAUUCAUUAACUGACAGGGGAUGGUUCGAAGGACCCUCAGGAGUUGCGAGCCGCAACCCUAGCGGAACGUAACAAAUAGUCUACUAUACGCAUAUGAUGCACGAAUUAAUUAACCAACACUCCCACCGCAAUCACCAAUGCGGUCAGCGUAGAGCCGAUGCCUGCGGCUCCAUUGAAGUUAGGUACUGUGAUAGUGAUCGGCGGUCGAGUAGAAGAGGUAGACCUCGGGAUCGACGUGGUAAGCGUGGAAGUCGAAGGGGCACUGGUCGUCCCAGUUGUCGAGGUGACACUUGUCGUCAUAGUUGUCGAAGUGGAAGUCGACGACGACGACGUGAGUGGAGGGGUGAUGGUACAGUUCGCUGGCCAUGGCUCGCACGUACAGGACGCAGUUGUGGUGGAUACAGUUGCACUAGUCGUAGCUUUCGUGGAAGUACGAGGAUUCGUGGAGCUAGAUCCCGUCGUGGAAAAUGAUGGCGUAGUUUGUACCAUAGUAGAGGCAUUAACUGGAGUCGCAUACGAUCCAGUUGUAGACCCAACUGUAGUAGAGGCCGCAGUCGUAGCAGCUGUAGACCCAGCUAUAGUGAAGGCCGUAGUCGCAGCAGUUGUAGAUCCAGCUGUAGUAGAGGCUGGAGUCGUAACAUUAGCUGGAGUCGUGGACGAAGCGGUCGUAGGCUUAGUUGAAGUGAGUGGAGGUAAAGUCGUGCGACACUGUAUAGGUAUAGGCGGGCAUUCACAACGACCCGUUGUGUGUGCAGGAGUACUGGAGAAUGUGCUCGACGACGGCGAAGUUGGAGUAGUGUGUGGCCCUCGCGUAGUAGUAGUGACUUUGCUCGCCGUAGUAGAUGCUGGGCUAGAGGAGCUUCCGAUGGUUGUGAGAGGCCUACCAGAUGUGGGUGUCUGAGGCGAACCACAGGGAACAGGCACACCAUCACACAAUCCGGUCGUGAGGUUGCACUUGCUGUCAGGUUUGCGAGUCACAGCUGCACAGUAGUCAUCCCAGGCGGAUUGGUCGAGAUCAGUAUUAACCCCUUGAGAUAGCACCAGGGACAACGCUGAAGCGUAGAGAAUACACAGACGAGUGGCCAUCGGGACAGUUGAC